CUCCUCCACCACCACCUCCUCCUCCAGCCAACAGCCUCCACCACCAGCACCACUUUGCAUCUGGCAGCAGGAGGGAAGCCCCACAUCUGGCUGUCACUGUAGCGCUCGUGCACCGCGGCAUGUCCCUACUCACCACACUGGACACAGGAAUAGGGUAUUUUUUUGUUUCAAGACAAGGCUACACGAACAAUGUCCGAGGUACGGAAAUUCACCAAGCGGCUCAGCAAGCCGGGCACGGCGGCGGAGGUCCGGCAGAGUGUGUCAGAGGCGGUUAGGACGUCCGUGAUAGUGGAGAAGCCAAAGAUCAUCGAGCCCCUGGACUACGAGGCGGUGGUCUUCCAGAGGAAGGCCCAGAUCCACAGCGACCCCCACAGAGACCUGCUGCUUUGCCCUGUCGACGAUGUCUCGGAGUCCCAGGUGUCUCGCCAGAGGAGGACGGUGGUUCCCACGGUACCCCAGAAUGCAGAGCGGGAGGCCAGGAGCCUGUUCGCCAAAGAGUGCAUCAAGAUGUACAACACCGACUGGCACGUCAUCAACUACAAAUAUGAGGCCUACUCCGGAGAUUUCCGUAUGCUGCCAAGCAAAGGCCUGAAGUCUGACAAGCUGCCCUCCCACGUGUUUGAGAUCGAUGAAGACGCCAAAGACGAGGUGAGUCAGCCACAGCAGCAGACUUCCAGCGAAUUCUGCCGGAAACGCAAGUUCUCCAAAAUAAGUAAAAGAUCUCGACUUGAGUCUUGUCCCGCACCCGCUGCCCAUGAUUCCCGCCUCUCUUCGUGUCCGUCCUCCUCACCCUCCCACCAUCGUCUGUCUCUCACUCUCUCACUCUCUCCUCCCCCCCUCCCUCCCCUCCAGGGCAUCUUCUCGGUGACCAACCCCCACGCAGACAUCUUCCUGGUGGCGCGCGUGGAGAAGGUCCUUCAGAACGGCAUCACGCACUGCGCCGAGCCGUACCUCAAGACCUCCGACGCCGCCAAGACGGCCCAGAAGGUCUUGAAGGCAGCUAAGCUGACGUGCCAGCGGCUGGGCCAAUACCGCAUGCCCUUUGCCUGGGCAGCCAAACAGGUGUUUAAAGACGCCCAGGGUGGUCUGGACAUGGAUGGGAAGUUCUCUCCGCUCUAUCGUCAGGACAGCAGCAAGGUGUCAACAGAUGACAUCAUCAAGCUGCUGGCUGACAUCAGGAAGCCGGAGAAGAGUAAGCUGCAGGUCAUCCCUGGACAGCUCAACGUCACCAUCGAGUGCGUCCCCCCAGACCUCUCAAACACGGUGACCUCCUCCUACAUCCCGGUGAAGCCCUAUGAAGAGGGCUGUGAGCGGGUGUCCCUGGAGAUGGACGAGUUCCUCCCGGAGGAGGCCCGCUACAACUACCCCUUCUCCACCUACAAGAACCACCUGUACGUCUACCCCCUGCAGCUCAAGUACGACAACCAGAAGACCUUCGCCAAGGCCAGGAACCUGGCUGUCUGCGUCCAGUUCCGGGACUCUGAUGAGGAGGGUGCCUCUCCUCUGAAGUGCAUCUACGGCAAGCCAGGGGAGACGCUGUUCACGGGCAGUGCCUACGCGGCCGUCCUGCACCACAACCAGAGCCCUGAGUUCUACGAUGAGAUCAAGAUCGAGCUCCCGGUGCACGUGCACGAAAAGCACCACCUCCUGUUCACCUUCUACCACGUCAGCUGUGAGUUCAGCAGCAAGACGGCCACCAAGCGGCGGGAGGGGGUGGAGACCCUGGUGGGCUACUCCUGGAGCCCCCUGCUGAAGGACGGGAGGAUGCAGUCAGUGGAGAUCCAGCUGCCCGCCUCCGCCACCCUGCAGCCCGGGUACUUGGGGGCGGACCGGGCCCAGGACGCCAAGAAGUCCCAACCGGACAUCAAGUGGGUGGAGAAUGCAAAGCCGCUGUUCAAAGUGAGAACGAGAUUGGCCUCCACGAUAUACACCCAGGACCUGCAUCUCCACAAGUUCUUCCAGCACUGCCAGCUGAUGAGGAGCAGCCCUGAAGGGAACCCAGCCGAGCUCAUCAAGUACCUAAAGUGCCUACAUGCGGUGGAGACCCAGGUCAUGGUCAACUUCCUGCCCAUCAUACUGAUGCAGCUGUUCGAGGUGCUCACCACGGCAACCAAAGAAGCCCACGACGUGGCGGUCAACUCCCUCCGGGUUAUCAUACACAUAGUAUCCAGGUGUCAGGAGGAGGGGCUGGAACACUACCUGCGCUCCUUUCUCAAGUAUGUGUUUGUGACAAAUUGCUCCACAACCGUGAGCUCCGCCACCACGCAUGAGGUGCUGGCAACUGCCGUCACCGCCAUUCUCAGGCAGACAGCCGACGUCAACACCAGCAACAAGCUGCUCAAGUACUCCUGGUUCUUCUUUGAGACCAUGGCCAAAUCCAUGGCCCAGUUCCUGCAUCAGGGAAGCCGCAUUAAGAUGCCGCGCAGCCAGCGGUUUCCAGACAGCUUCAACCAGGCGCUGCAGUCCCUGCUGCUGUCCAUCAUGCCCCACAUCACCAUCCGCCACGUGGAGGUCCAAGAGGAGGCCCGCUGCAUCAACCUAAGCCUGGCCGUCUUCAUCAAGAGGUGCCUCUCCUUCAUGAACAGAGGUUUUGCCUUCAGCCUGAUCAACGACUACAUGUGUGGCUUCACCCUGCAUGAUCCCAGGGUGCUGACGGAGAUGAAGUUUGACUUCCUGAUGACGGUUGGAAACCACGAGCACUUCAUACCACUUAACCUGCCCAUGGCCUUCGGACGCACCAAGCUGCAGAGGGUGCAAGAUUUAAUUUCGUACGCCUCGGAGAUGUUUGGCACAGUAGACCAGAACCUGGAGUGCAGCCUGACCGAGGACUACUGCCGGAACCACUUCCUGGUGGGCCUGCUGCUGCGCGAGGUGGCGAGCGCCCUGCAGCAGCAGCGCAGCGCCGAGGUGCGGCAGGUCGCCGUGGCAACCCUCAAGAACCUGCUGGUCAAGCACGCGGCCGACGACCGCUACACCAUCUACAAGAACCAGCAGGCCCGUAUCUGCCUGCUGUAUCUUCCCCUCGUGGAGCUGCUGUACCAGAACCUCAAACAGCUGUCGGCACCAACCUUCACCGCAAGCCCUGGGACGGGACUCAACGGCUCCAGGGAUGACCUCAUAUCCUCCUCCGGGUCGGUGGACAGCAGGAGAAUUAGCACGGCCAUCGACCGAGACCACGGUUUACUAGCUCAGAACGGCCUACUGGUUAGGAGGGAGGACUCUCGCGGCUCUCUGUUCAUGGACCCCGGAACCCCUGACAGCACAGAGCUCCAGAGGAGGGGCUCCGCCAUUACCGGCAGCCCGCUGGUGGCUGCCGGUCGGCUUGGUCAGUACGAGGUCAAGGGCCUCCUGCUCUGCUUCCUCCACAUCCUCAGGACACUCUCAGAGGACACACUGCUGGCUUACUGGAACAAGGUGAACCCCCAGGAUGUGAUGAACUUCCUCAGUCUACUGGAUACUCCUAUCAGUCUGAAGCAGGAUUGUCUCGCUUCCCUGGGUAAUGAUGUUGUUCAUGCUGAUAGGGACACGGUGAUACGUCAGUCUGGUAUCAGGCUACUGUACCAUGCUCUGUGCACUCCCAUUUCAAAUCUAAAGAAUAUUGACACUAACGGUCCCUGCAACGCACUGACGUGUGUCCAAGUCAAUGUCCAAUGUCUGCUUGCUGGCCAUAAAGCCAUAAAAGCGCUAUCUGAUUGGCUAUCUGUGUUUAAUUGCCCAGAGCUGUUUCCGAGCGGGCUGGCGCCGUUCAAGAAGGUGACGUUCAACAUCGACGAGGAGGCCGCGAUGAAGGAGGACUCGGGCAUGCAGGACGUGUACUACACCGAGGAGGUGCUGGUGGAGCAUCUGGAAGCCUGCGUGGAGGCCCUCUGGAAGGCGGAGCGCUACGAGCUCAUCACCCACGUAGCCAAGCUCAUCAUCCUCUACGAGAGGCGCCACGAGCUCAUGAAACUCAGUCGCCUGUACGAGACGCUCACCAGGGCCUACAACAAGAUCAUGGAGGUGAUGCAGUCUGGCCGCAGGCUGUUGGGCACCUACUUCAGGGUGGCCUUCUACGGACAGGGUUUCUUUGAGGAGGAGGACGGUAAGGAGUACAUCUAUAAGGAGCCCAAGCUCACGGGCCUGUCGGAGAUCUCCCAGCGCCUCCUCUCCCUCUACGGAGACAAGUUUGGUGCAGAGAACGUCCAGAUCAUCCAGGACUCCAACAAGGUCAACCCCAAGGAGCUGGACCCCAAGUUGGCGUACGUCCAGGUGACCUUCGUCAAGGCCUACUUCGAGGAGAAAGAGGCGCCGGAGAAGAAGACGGCGUUCGAGAAGUGCCACAACAUCAACCGCUUCGUGUUCGAGACGCCUUACACGCUGACGGGGAAGAAGCACGGCGGCGUGGAGGAGCAGUGCAAGAGGCGCACCGUCCUCACCACCUCCAACACCUUCCCCUACGUGAAGAAGCGGGUGGAGGUGGUGUCCGAGCGGCAGGUGGAGCUGAAGCCGGUGGACGUGGCCAUCGACGAGAUGCGAGCGCGCACGGCCGAGCUCACCAAGCUGUGCUCCAGCCCCGAGGUGGACAUGAUCAAGCUGCAGCUCAUCCUGCAGGGCUGCGUCUCUGUGCAGGUGAACGCCGGCCCCAUGGCCUAUGCCAGGGCCUUCCUGGACGACAGCAGAACCAACCAGUCUGCCAGCAAGAAGGCCAAGGAGCUGAAGGACAUAUUCAGGCGUUUCGUGGAGGCGUGCAGCAUAGCGCUGGACAUGAACGAGCGCCUGAUCAAGGAGGACCAGUUUGAGUACCAGGAGGGCCUGAAGUCCAACUUCAAGGACAUGGUGAAAGAGCUGUCUGACAUCAUCCACGAAGAGAUCUACCCAGAGGACAUGCGCUCGCUGCUGCAGGACUCCCUCCACGUGUUCAGUGCCAUCAGUGGGACCACCAGCGCGGAGCUGGGCUAGGCGCCACCACACCCAGACACUCCUCCCACCCCCUCUCCUCCGCCCACCCCCCAUUCCUCUCAGUCCCCCCCUCUGUGUUUGGUCCUGGCUCACACACUCUGCCCUCUUCCGCUGCGACUCAAGACUCCGCCCCCUGACAGGCUCCGCCCCCUGGCAGACCCCGCCCCCUGGCAGACCCCAACCCCUGGCAGACACGUGUCCGCAGUGGGGGUCAUCCGCCUCAGGCUGGCGCGCUUCGCUUGGGCCAUGCGGCCAAAGCGACGGCGGUUUCGACGAAGGGACCACAACGGGACACAUGCUGGUGUUAUGGCGUUCAGCGCAGUAUUGAGCGUAUGGAUGUUCCUGAGAGCUGACGCCCCCAGGACUCAGUGACAGGGUGGUAUGAGGGACCGAUUUCGCAAUCAGGUUUAGCCGUCGGAGGGAGUAGCCAUGUUUAAAAAAUUAUUGAUUUGAACACAUUUUAGAUUUUAAAGAAAGAGACAUAUUUCAUAUGAGUCAGUUUGAACAUUGCUCAGUGGGCUUCGGUGCAAACAAUAAAGAAAAACAAACACAGCAUGUGAGUGCAACAAAGUCAGUAGUAUAGAGAACGUAGGCUGGGUUUCAGGCAGCUCAACUGUUCUUUAGGGUGUAGCUCAGUAGCUGGUGCAUACUCGCAUCCCAAACCAAGGUGUAAACGUACAGAUAGUUUGCUUAUAAUUCUGUGCCUUUCCGCUGCCUUCUGAACGGGCAGGUCUAAUUAUAGAAAUCGAUUCUCACUCAGUUCUCACUCAGUAUUUCACAAGUGCUACACUGAAACAAUGCCAAUCAAUGGAUAGUAAUCAAUUGUACAUAAUGUAUUGCCAUCAUGUAAAUUAAAUUCUGUGAAUGAGGUAUCUAUGUAUUUAUAUUUUUAACAUCCACCUGACCAUGGAUGCACUUGUCAAUUUUGCAUUCGGAUGCAUUGUAUGCCUAGUGCAGAUGCUUGUCAAAUAGACAUAUUGUAAAGACAUUAACUAAACAAUGUUUUGAAAUUA